UUCUAUAUAAAAACAAAUUGAACGGUAAUCCUCUGAAGAUGAGCAUCUUCAUUGAACACAACUGACUAAGACUAUCCAGACUUCGAAUUUCUAAUUCAUCUCACUUUCUCCUUCCACUCAACCCAUUUGCCAUGGCUUCCCAAUUACUUCAUCAUCAACUUCAUUUUGUUCUCAUACCUCUGAUGUCUCCUGGCCACCUCAUUCCCAUGAUUGACAUGGCUAAGCUUCUAGCACAACAUGGCAUCAUCGUUACAAUUGUCACCACUCCCUUAAACGCCGUUCGUUUCCACUCCACCAUCCAACGUGCUGUUGAAUCUGGCCUCUCCAUCCACCUUCUGCAACUUCAGUUUCCCUCGGCUGACGCUGGUUUGCCUCCAGGAUGUGAAAAUAUGGACAAGCUUCCUUCACGUAAUUUGAUCAAAAACUUUUUCCAUGCCAUUAGCUUGCUGCAAAAACCCUUCGAGGAGUUGUUUCACAACUUGCAGCCCCGUCCCAGCUGCAUAAUAUCCGGUAAGAAUCUUCCGUGGACAGUUGAUACUGCUCGCAAGUUUAAGAUUCCAAGGAUAUUUUUCGAUGGAAUGGGCUGCUUUUCCUCAACCUGCACACACAAAUUGGAGGUUUCUAAAGUACAUUCAACUGUCUCCAAGUUUGAGUCCUUUGUGAUUCCUGACUUGCCUCAUCGUAUUGAAUUAACCAAAGUGCAGUUACCUGAAAUUCUGAAUCCGGGUUCUGAAGAUUUGACAGAAGUUCGUGACAAAAUCAGAGCGGCUGAUAAUACUGCAGAUGGGAUUGUGAUUAACACAUUUCAAGAGCUGGAAACAGAAUACGUUAAAGAAUAUAAAAAGUUCAAAGGUGAUAGAGUUUGGUGUAUUGGUCCUGUUUCAGCUUGCAACAAAUUGAAUUUAGACAAGGCUGAGAGAGGUGAAAAGGCCUCCAUGAAUGAGAAAAAAUGUUUGCAGUGGCUUGACUCGUGUGAAUGUGGCUCAGUUAUUUACGCAUGCCUUGGCAGCAUAUGUGGCCUUACCAGUUGGCAACUUAUGGAACUUGGGUUAGGCUUAGAAGCAUCAAAUCAUCCAUUCAUUUGGGUGAUAAGAGGAGGUGAAAAAUCUGAAGAACUAGAAAGGUGGAUCCUACAAGAUGGAUUUGAAGAGAGGACAAAACAGAGAGGACUUUUAAUUCGAGGUUGGGCCCCUCAAGUAUUGAUCCUAUCUCAUCCAGCAAUUGGAGGUUUCUUAACACACUGCGGUUGGAAUUCAACGCUUGAAGGAGUGUGUGCAGGCCUGCCAUUAGUGACUUGCCCAUUGUUUGCGGAGCAAUUUUAUAAUGAGAAGUUAGCUGAGAAGGUUUUGGGGAUCGGUGUAAGUGCUGGAGUUGAGGUUGCUGUGACAUGGGGACUUGAAGACAAAAGUGGGAUAGUGAUGAAAAGGGAGAAAGUAAAAGAAGCCAUAGAAAAGGUAAUGGAUAAAGGUGAAGAAGGAGAAGAGAGAAGAAAUAGAGCAAAAGAGCUUGGGGAGGUGGCAAGAAAGGCUAUUGCAAAUGGUGGAUCUUCUUACCUCAACAUGGAAAUGUUAAUCAAAUUUGUAUUACAACAAAUUAGCCACGGCCCAUCAAUGUAAUUCCAAUGAUAAAUGAUUGAACUACUUUGCUUAAUAAUAUUUUUAAGCAUUU